AUUUAUUUAUCCUUCCCAAUCCAUGCAAAGUUAUUUCGGCGCUGGAAUUUCGAGUGGUAACUUCUCAAAAAAGCAAACAUGGCUUUCAUUGGUAAGAUUUUUCUGACAAUUGUCGCUCUCCAAUUAGCUCUGGUUCUGGCCAAACCGUACGAACCGUAUAACGUUGAUCUUUAUAACUCCAACGAACCUAUGGACGAAUAUUUCCACAAACGAGAGGAGCUAGCGAGGUGCAAUCAUUUUUCUUGGCCUGCGUACCACAAGGUCAACUACUGCCGAGAGUCUUGCAGAGCAGAACCAUAUGAUACGCAUGUGAAGAAUCUUGACUAUUUGUGUACUGGGGGAUUCAAGUGUUGUUCGUGCAACUAUCAGUGUCCUAAGGACGAGUAGUGAGCCGCUUUGCCUUCGUUAGGAGUACUCCGAACAGCAGUUUUUCUUUAUAAGACAUUCUAUUACGAUGUUGUGUGUAUCAGACAAUACGC